CCACACAAAUACUGGUCUUAAGCCCAGAGGGCCGGUGCCUGGGGUUGGGCUCAUACGACGAACUCCAGUCCCAGGGCCUGGACUUCAUGUCAAUACUGAGUGACGCGGAACGGGAGGCCGCGGAGCGUAAGGCCGAACACGACAAACAGGAACGGGAGCUCUUGAGGUCGUUCUCCAAGAGUAGUUAUGAUGCGAAACAAACGGCUAACCAGACGGAGACCCUCCUGACGGAGUCGAUCAACGACAGGGCCCGGAGGUACUCCCGGAGCACAUCCGUGGUUCAGACCGAGAACUUCGAGGUCUCCAACAUUAUGGGCGAUGAGGAGGACUACACCCUUGAACCCAAGAUUCAGGAGGAGACCCGGGAGGUGGGCUCUAUCGGGGGACACGUCUACUAUGAGUACGUGAAGGCCGGUGCCGGACCUCUACUGUUCACUAUAACCCUAUUCUCGACACUCGUAUCUCAGGGUAUAUUUCAUUACUCCGAUCUAUGGCUAACCGAAUGGACUGAUAAAAAUCAGGAAGCUGAUGCAAUUGACCAGGACACACAAAACUAUUACGUCUACGUCUACUCGGGACUCAUUGGGGCCCUG